AUGACGAUCGAUUUAUCGCCUCGCUUAUGGGAUCUGCAGACCAGGGCGCCUCACGCUGCGCGGGAUGCCGAGGGACAGAGUUCUACAGCGGCUGCACCUACGCUCGCUACCUACCUCGGAUCGCGACCCAUUCUCAACAAGUUCGCUCGAGAUGCGUUAGGAGCAGUCGAUGUGGUUCAGAAAGCGCUACGCCAGUGCCUUUCCAUGUUGCAGGACAUGCGGGAACACGAUCAUGAUCACUUUCCCCAAACACUGGCGUGCGUUGAUAGCGUGGUCGCCCAGCAGCGAGAGAAACUGCGUCAUAUUCGCCAUCCAGUCGCCGCCGAAGAAGUCAAGAAGGCUGUCACGGACAUAGAAACCAUAGAAGCAUAUCUCUCUGCCUACGCUCAGCUAUACCCUGUUAAGACGCCUUUACGCAUAGACAACGGCCAUCUACGAACUGGAAAUUUCGACACUGUCCCCCCAGCAACUCUCAUCGCCUACUGCCUCGCCCUCACUUCGCGCAUAUUCCAUAGAACCAGUCGUCCCGGGGCGAACUUCAUCCUGAAGUGUGCAAAGCUCUACGCGACAUCUAUAGCCGUGCUGGGCGGCGGCAUCAACAUACUCCAGAGGCGGGCUUUGGAUGCCACCCCUGAGGAUGUGCGGACGAUUGAGAGUCGCUUGAACCUUGGAGUUCGCACCAUACCUUACGCAGUAUGCCUCAGCUGCAGCCGCACCUACAAGCCGAGCUAUGUUCCGCCGUCCGAUAUCCCUCGAUAUCCUCAACUAUGCAGCGAGGUGACUGAUGGAUCGGAAGGUAUCUGCGGCGAACGUCUCGUUGACGACCAGGGGAACGCCCGGAGAGUAUUCGAAUACUAUCCGUUCUUCGAUUGGUUCGGCCGCCUCAUUGCUUUGCCCGGUAUGGAGGCUUACGGUGACUCAUUCUGCGAGGACGUCGACAGAAACCCUGUAGCGCCAACGGUGCAGCGCUCGGUGGCAGAUGGAACCCUCCUCCGGACCCUGUCCGACCCCAUCGACCCCAAUCGCUCUUUCAUCGCUGAUAGGGGCGAAGAGAAGCGGUGGCUAUUCGCCCUCCACAUCGACUUUUUCAACGCCCAGGGCAACUCACUCCGUGGCCGUAAGGCCUCUACCGGGCAGAUCGUCAUCACCUGUUUGAAUCUCCCGCUGGAGAUGCGCAAUGAUGACGCCUACAGAUAUCUGGCCAUAAUCCAGGGCCCGAACGAACCGGACGCAAAAGAAGCCGCCUACCAACAUUAUCUACGCCCGCUGAUAGAUGAUUUGGAGGAUGGAUACACUCGAGGCGCGCGAUUCCGCUAUACAGGUUCCACCGAUCCUGAGCAGACGCCGUAUCGCUUCAUAUACCGGGUGCUCUUAGCCAUCCUCAUCGCUGAUCUGAAGGGUGCUAGACCUAGUGCAGGUCUUAUGGAUGUGACCUCGCACAACUUCUGCUUCGUCUGCCAAUGCUGGCUACAGGCCCACCUGGGCAGGAUAGACUUCGAGUCCUGGCAGCCCACCGACGACGACAGGCUUAGGAAGGGAGCGUAUCUCUGGAAAGAAGCCACUCGUACCGCGCGGCAAGCUAUUGAACAGUUAUUUGGGGCUCGUUGGUCGGAGCUCUGGAGGCUGCUGUACUGGAGACCCUCUCAGCAAGUCGUGAUUGACCCGAUGCACACAUGGUUCCUCAUUGUAAUUCAGCGAUUCUUUCGCGAGGCCAUGGGACUUGAAAGUGGCGCGAGAGAUUCUUGGAAGGAGCGCCAUCCAGCCUUCCACUACGACUUCAAUCCGCCGCCGUCGCUGUCGAGCUUGUCACCCAACUUUACCUCGCAGGAAACGUCGAGCGACAACAACAGCAAUAGACUGACCUACAAGGUAGCCGUCGAUAUCGGCAAGAUUCAGAAGCGACUCGUGCAGCCUAUGGAGGAUACUGAGGCGCAUCGGAAAGACCUUCACAAGUAUCUGCUGUCUAUGCUGCAAGAUUCCCUGUUGGAGGUCUGUCGAAACGUGCAAGAGGACUUUUCGUCGGAACAGCGUCGGCAACUCCGAACGUCGGCGCCUGGUGCGAAGCUAGCUAAAGCGAAAUUGGCCGACCUUCUCGUUGCUUGGCGAUUGACGAAACCUUUGCCUGCCCUGCCUUGGAUAGUUAUCGACCGCGACUCCACUAUCGGCUUCAUCCGGCAGGCUGUACGCGAGAUAAGCGUACCGAGCUGGGUGAAGGACAAACCACCGGAGGACCUUGGGUCGCAGAACGCAGGCACCUUGAAAGCAAGUCAGUGGCGCUGGCUAUAUCGCCUAUAUGUUCCCCUGGCCCUUUUGCUGAGGUGGCAUCCCGAUUCCCCUCAUGCCAUCCCACGAGCUCGCGAAUUAGAACCGGUGCUCGCGAUGAACAUGAACCUAACCAUCGGCACCGUCCUCAUCGGCAAACACACAGUUACAGCCGCAUCACAGAAGCUAUUUCGGGACCAGCUGAAGGCGCACAUACUAGGUCUUCGACAGCAUUUUCCUGGCUUCAUAUUUCCUGGAUAUCAUAUGGCCUUCCAUAUACCUGACUUCAUGUCGUUGCUAGGUCCUGCGCGCAACUGGUGGUGCUUCCCAUUUGAGCGCCUUGCUGGGAGACUGCAGCGCAUACCCAAAAGUUCGAAGCCAGGCGAGUCCGAGCACACAAUGCUUCAUUCGUUCCUCAAGGGGUCGAUAUUUCGCCAAUGGCUUUUGCUGCCCAGUAGUCCGCCAGUCCUGCAAUACUGCCGGUCUCUCUUAAACAAGGCUCAUCGCUUCGUGGCUGGCGAAACGGACGAGAAGGCGGUGGAGGAUGACAUAGACAGCGACUCGGACGACGACGUCGUUGGCUAUAGUGCAGAGGCCAAGGAGGAGCUCGCAAAGAUUGGCGUAUAUCCUGGCGAGUUCCCUCGCACGCACGUCGAUCAAGAACUGUCAAAGAUCUUGGACACCGACACCAUCUCGUGCUAUAGUCGCGUCGAAGCACCGAGAGGCUUCUACUGCACGACAGGGAGCAACAGCUUCGUAUGUGUCCGUCCAACCGACCCACUCUCCGAGCGCUGGUACGCAGCUCGCAUACGCCACAUCUUCGAGUACCCUUCGUCGAGGGCACUUUACUUUGCUGUGCAGCGCGCAAAACCGCGGCCUGGGACAUAUAGGGAUAUUUUCCUCCAAUACUGGGCAGCAGGAUUCGAGGCGCGGUGGACGUCGGAAGACUUCGAAGAGCAGCUGGAGAUCGUCCGUCCGUCCGAUAUCAUAGUGCAGGCCGCAAGGUGGAUACUGGACGACCGGUCGGCCGUAGCGGUGAACAUCGGAGACAUGCCGCGGGAGGGGCGGGCGGCUGGAGACUGGGCGACAGCACUUGGGGCUGCAGCCACCGGCUCGAGCCCGGAUAAGCUAGGAAGAACGCGCGGCGGUGCCCCCUCGCCCGAGCGUGCGUGCGAGUCGAACGGCCUGAACGGUGAAUUUCGGGCGGACGCCGACGCAGCGGGCACAGCCACCCUACCAUACAUGGUAAUCGCCUCUACCAUACAUGGUAAUCGCCUUGAUGCUGCCGAGGGCGCGGCACAGCACAUGCGCUCGGCAGAUGCCGUCGGUCGGCCUCCUCGACCCUUCCCCCAUGAUGUCCCAGCUCCCUGGCUCAGAGGUACGGUUUUCCAAGCUCCCCCUUCCUUGCUUUCUUCAACGAAGCACAGCGCAUGCAGCGCUGCUCGCAUCUCCGGCGUCUGGGGCUUUCGUGGGGCGUGGACGAUCGACGGCAGUGAGAUUAGCUGUCUCGCCGUCGUUGCUGGACAUGCGCAGGGCGCGAUGAGGCGAGGGUCGCAGGCUGGCGCCUCCCUCCCCAGCUCCCCCUCCCGGCUCCCGCAAUCUUCGGUCUAUUCUGGCUCGCCCUCGGGCUCGAUCGACGCGUCGGGCAUCUCCCAAAAGCCUCGGCGUCAUGCUGGGGAUGCGCCGCGUCUGUGCUGGCGUGAUCUCGCGAGCGUCAGUCACGGCCGGCCUACCGCCCUUGAGAAGAUCCGUCUCUCACGCUGGCGCCAGGACCGGGAUCCCGCUGUUCCAUCUGAAGAGCGAUUUGGAUCAUCGUAG